AGAUGACCCGAGAACAAUACAUACUAGCAACACAACAGAAUAACCUGCCAAGGACAGAAAAUGCACAGCUUUACCCAGUGGGAAUUUAUGGAUGGCGAAAGAGGUGCUUAUACUUCUUUGUCCUUCUGCUGUUGGUUACCAUGAUAGUUAACUUAGCCAUGACAAUAUGGAUAUUGAAAGUUAUGAAUUUCACUGUGGAUGGUAUGGGAAAUCUGAGAGUCACCAAGAAGGGAAUCCGACUUGAAGGUAUAUCUGAGUUUCUACUUCCAUUGUAUGUGAAAGAAAUUCAUUCUCGAAAGGAUAGUCCACUGGUCUUACAGUCUGACAGAAAUGUAACAGUGAAUGCAAGAAACCACAUGGGGCAGUUAACUGGACAGCUGACUGUAGGAGCUGAUGCUGUGGAAGCUCAGUGUAAAAGAUUUGAAGUGAGAGCCAGUGAAGAUGGCAGGGUGCUGUUUUCUGCAGAUGAAGAUGAGAUUACCAUUGGGGCUGAAAAGCUGAAAGUUACAGGCACUGAAGGAGCUGUUUUUGGGCACUCUGUGGAGACGCCACACAUCAGAGCAGAGCCAUCUCAAGAUCUCAGGCUUGAAUCACCCACCAGAUCCUUGAUCAUGGAAGCUCCUCGUGGGGUCCAGGUGAGUGCUGCUGCAGGAGACUUCAAGGCCACCUGCAGGAAGGAGCUCCAUUUGCAGUCUACAGAAGGGGAGAUAUUUUUAAAUGCAAAGACAAUCCGGCUGGGAAAUCUACCAACCGGCUCCUUCCCAUCUUCUUCACCCAGCUCCUCGAGUUCUCGACAGACAGUGUAUGAACUCUGUGUCUGUCCCAAUGGCAAACUUUACCUUUCUCCAGCAGGAGUAGGUUCCACUUGUCAGUCCAGCAGCAACAUCUGCUUGUGGAGCUGAAGUGACUGAUUUCUCCUUACACCAGAAUAGCCUUUUGUUCCUGUCCGUCUGCUUCACAGUUCUGCUCGGUUUCCCUUGUGAUCAGUCCAGAGCUUCUUUGAAUGGUCCACAGAGCAACUUCCAGUGUGAGCAGGAAUUCGCCACCACUUUCUCUUGUGAUUUACUAUACUGCUCAACACAGAGAGUGUGAGUGACACAGCAGUGGAAAAAGCAUCGUCAACAGGAAAACUGGAUCAUGACUUUUGCUCAAAAGGGAGAAUAACAUAGGUGCCUUUGCUACAUGAAGUGAAGCACACAGUUUUAGAUUUUUGCAGGACUUGGAUAUGAACUGCACAUAUAUACAUUACAUAAAUGAAAUUCCCAGUAUCCAAUGGCGAGAUGAAAUGGUUAACCCUGUAAGAAAACUUAUUCUACAGUCUGAAAGCACAAUUUUCCAUUCAUCUUUUUGGAUGUAAACUUUUAUCCCCUACUUUUAGAAUUUUGAAGCAUUAUGUAAUGCUUGCUUUACUAAAAAUUAAAUUCAAUACAUGGUUUUUAACAAAACAAAACAAUACAGAAUCUCUCCCUGAGUUUUCAUUUUGUUUCUUUAUAAUUUCAGUGUGUUGUUACUCUGUCUACUAAGUCUAGAAUUUUGUACAUUAGGUGAUUUUGAAAGCACUCAGCAAUAUAAUCUUUACAGAAUUAACAAAAUGCCAUUUUAAUAUCAUUUGUCAAAUCUGGAUGGCCUUAUAUAGUAUUUACAUGUAUUUGCAUGUGAUAUAUUUGCUUUUCACAAAACAUCUAAUUGAUUGCAAUAUAAGAUAGGACUAAGAAGGACAUGCUGAUGGUAUGAAAUGCGUAGAUCAUUUUUUAAAAAUUCACAUGCUAUCCUUUACACCUAGCUUUUAACAGUAUAAUUUGUGUUUGCUCUAUUCAAUUUACAUUGAUUCUGACUGCUAAAAUUCAAACAUCCUCCAAAUAAAUAAUACUAAUUUGAUGCGUAAUGCUGAGAAUAAAUUCACUUCCAUUGGGAUAUCAUCUUCAAAAUUAUUAUCUAUUUUUUAUUGUAAGUUAAGAUUUGAAGACAUUAGAAGUUAACUUAAAAAUUCUUGACUAACACACACAGUGUCUUUCAGUAAUACAUAUUUCAUUUUUAUUUGAAAACCUCCAACAUUUUUUCAUAUGGAUAUAGCAGUAUGAGUCCCACCAGAAGAUUUACUGUAUGAUUAUAUAUACUUUUUUCUACUAAUAUCAAAGCUGAUCCACAAAAAAAACAGAAAUCACUAACCUGUGAAGUCAUAUCAUUGCCAAUGCUGUUACACUCUCUAGUAGCCAGAGCCAGAACUAGAUUAAAAAAAAAAAUUAUUGAUUAAACAGUAAAAAUGACAAAUGCUAAUAAACAUACUGAAAAUGUGUUUACUACAUUAGAUUCAUACUUUCAGGAAUUUAGUCACAUUUCUAUUCAGCUUUUAACAUAUAUUUACUUUUAUUAGAUUGUUAAGCUACUGUGACAUCAAAAAUUAUAGUUCUUUUCAUUCUCCACUGCUUACUUUUAUAUAUGACCUCUUAAUAACUUUAGAAUACUACAGAUUCAUUUAUCACAAUACCCCUUAACUCAGAUUCUUGAAACUUACAGAAUCAAAGGAUGUAAAACUAUAUUAAGUAUUCCUAUUAUGGGAAGAUGAUUGAAUUACUGUUACUUUAAGGUAAGUCCUGAAUUUUCACAUGCCAGUCAACUUUUUGCUCCCCCAUGCACACCACCAACCAGCAUGUUGAAACUACAUUUUGGAAAUUAAUGGCUAUAGAGUCUUUGGACUUCAGGUCUCUACAGCUCAGAGUGAAUUGGGAAAUUAGAACUUGUUGAAAACAUGUGGUUAAUGAAAAGAGAAAUACUGGCAAUGCAAGAAGAAAAGUGAUUAACAUUUUACCAGAAUGAGCUUGUUUGUGUGACCUAGCAUAUCAAAAAACUGAAGAAGCCCAUUUCCAGUGUACUCAGCAGAAGGGUUCAAGGCUAAUUUGUUAUUUUAAAAUAAAAUUUGACUUGUGUUUGGA